UAUCUUUCUUUUUUUUUAAAACUGUAAUUGAAUUAAAGAAAUGUAAACAUGGUUUACCUGAAUAUUAUUGAAAACACGAAGGAAUCACUUAUAUUAGAAAGAUCUCCUGGACUGCGAUCAUUGGCCGUUGUUUUUGGUAUAUUUGCAGCAUUAUCAAUAGCCGCCAACCAACAGAUCACAGCAGAUGCAGCAUGGUGGAUGCCUCUCUCUAUCAUAGGAUGUUUCUUUGUUGCCUUUUCCUGUCUAGAUGAAUGGGAAGUUUGCAGUUUCAACAAGAAAUUGAGGAAACUCACAAUGACUCGGCAGAGUAUUUUUGGAAAAGUCUUGAAAACAACAAUAAACAAAGUUGUCAUCGAUCUUGAAACCAUCACAGAUGUGACUGUAGAAAGUGAGAAGAUCAAAUACACCGGCAAAAAUGUUCAUGUUGUCUGCCUGUGGAGUGGAGAAGGACACACUUAUCAAAUAACGAGUUGUGGGACAUCUGACAGCGUCAGUGAACAUGAGGAAAUAUGCAACACCAUUGAGAAAUUUCUAAAUCUUGAAUCGAAGAAAGAGUCUUGAAAAGAUGGAAUUUUUACAUUCUUAGAGAGAUUGAUAAAACUUUAGGGCUGGAAAUUGGGGGAGUCCCCAAAUUCUUUUCCAAGUUUUUUACUUUGUGCUGCUGCUAUCAGACACAUGGUUACUUUUAACAGUGCUUAUAUUUGGACCACAUUAUUACUUUUUAUUAAUAUGUUUUGCUAAUACUGCACCACUUUCAUAUUCAAUACUGAAAAUACACUAAAUAUGCAAAGUUUA